CCGAGGUGCCUGCUGGGAGGUGUUUACUGCGCGGAGGAUUGUCUGGGUUCAGCAUCCCGUGGCCGCGGUCGCGAGUUGACAUCCAGCCUUGCGCCUCCUCCCGACGCCCUGGGUCGUGGGGUCCCGAGAGGCCAGCCGUCCUCCGGAACAAGCACCCUGAGAAGGAAGAAGACUGGUAACGCAUCUUAAAGUCAAGGUUCAGAUGAGUUACCUUUUCGUUCGGUACAUGUCUGAUGUUGAGAGGACUCUGGAAUAUUUGCUCUCCCUGGCCUGAAAUGCCCCCCACCAGGACGAAUUCUUUGCUGAGAGGCGAGAUGGGGCCUUGGCAGUUGUAUGCACAGAACAGAAGGACAGGGCCGGGAGGUUCGCCGUUGUGCUUGAUUUUAGCCUGUGGUUUGGUCAGGAAGAUACUUGUUUUAAGGUGGGAUUCUGUCUUUCCCACAGGCCUGUCAGAGUACAGUGAGAACAGAGAAGGUUUGAUUCUUGUGGCCACUAAAUAACAACAUUUCCAGCUUGGUGAUGCUUUUAAAUUUAAAAAUUUUAAAAGUGGGGUUUGAGGGGCGCCUGGCUGGCCCAGUGAGUAGAGUGUGCAGCUAUUAGGAAGUGUGCUGCCCGAGCAAGCAGCGGGGCGUGGAGUUCCUGAUCCCGGGGUGGUGAGUUCCAGCCCCACGUUUGCUAAGGAGCCCACUUAAACUUUUAAAAAAUAAAAUGAAAUAAAAUUCAAAGGAAUUGAGCCAUUAUUUUAAUAAGUAAAUAAAUAAAAAUGGGGUUUGAACAGAGGUCUUUAUCAUCAAAGGCAGGGAUUUUUUUUUUUUCCACUGAUCAGUAAAUAGAAAUUUGUUGUAUUGUCCACAUCUUGUUGGAAGUCUGACAGCUUCAGUCUGUUUCAGUUGCAUCUUUGCAUGAACUGCGAGAAGCAACGUGGCUUGAUGUUGAGUGUGAGUUCUGGGACUUAGAGCAGGGCUUGGCAGGCUUUCCCUCUGAAAGGUCUCAUAUCGAAUAGUUCAUGCUUUGUAGGCUACGUAUGGUUCCAUAUUCUUCUUAUUCAAUUGAUCUUGUUAAUUUUUACAGUGGUUUUAGAUUUGCAGAAAAAAUUGCAAAGUUGGUAGGGAGAAUUCCCCGAUACCCUGUACCCACUGUCCCGUUGUUAACAACUUAUAUUAGUAUGGGAUAGUAGUUAAAAUUGGUGAGCCUGUUCUGAUACGUUAACUGAAGUUCAUGCUUUAUUCAGAUUUCCUUAGUUUUUACGUAACAUUCUUCAUGUAUUCCAGGAUGCCAUCCCGGAGAUCACAUUACAUUUCAUUGUCAUGUGUCCUUAAGCUCCUCUUGGCUGUGACAGUUUCUCAGACUUCUCUUGUUUCUGAUGACCUUGAAGGUUUUAAGAGGUACAGGUAUUUGGUAGGAUGCCCCUGUCUUGGAACCUGAUGCUUUUCUCAUGAUUGGCCUGGGCUUUUGGUUUUGGGGGUGGGAGAUCACUACUUUCGUCAUGUCGUGGCAGGAAGACAAACCGUCAGCAUGAUCUAUGUGUGCUUGGUUAUCUAGCUGAGGUGGUUUGUCAGUUUUCUCUACUACGAAGCUACUCCCAUUUUUCAAAGACCAGGUCUCCCCAGGGGACAGCUGCAUGUUUCAGAAAUCCUGUCUAGACUAGAACCUAGUCACACUGAUCCUGACCCUGCCUCGGUGGUCACAUCUUUCUUCUCUCCCGCUCAUUCGCUUGUAAAGACCCCUGCAAUUAUGUUGGGCCUACCUGGUGUAAUUUGGGCUACGUCCCUGUCUUGAGGUCAGCUGACCAGCAACCCCGAGUCCAAGGCAACUUAACUCCCCUUUGCCAUGUAAUGUAAUGUGUUCACAGGCUCCAGGGUUAGGACACGGACAUGUUGGGGAGACAGGCCUAUCCACACACAGUUACGCUCAUGACCACAAUAUACCCACUCCCCCAUAACUGUGGAUUUUUUCUUUAUUGAUUUGUUUUAAACUGAGAACUAUCUUAAAUCCUGUUUCUUAUCAUGGAAUUAAUACAGGCUUGCAGCAAAAGGUUGUUUCCUAAGGAGCUCGUAAAGAAGACACUUGAAAUUACCCAUAGCUGUACCAUCCAGAGAUAAUUGCUGUUAAUAUUUUGAAACCCCAAGAGGACAGAUCAGUUGAUUCUAGAACUAUGGCACACGGUUUGGUGACAUUCUCAGACGUAGCCAUCAACUUCUCUCAGGAGGAGUGGGCAUGCCUGAACUCCUCACAGAGGGACCUGUACUGGGACGUGAUGUUGGAGAACUACAGUAACCUGGUCUCCCUGGAUUUAGAGUCACCAUAUGGGACCAAGAGUUUGCCUACAGAAAAGGGCCUUUAUGAAAUGAAUUUAUCCAAAUGGAACUCAAAUGGAAAAAGUAAAUCCCUUGGCCUUGACUGGAUGUGUGAAGGUGAGUGUGAAAGACCACGGGGUCCUCAAGAGGGCUGUUUCAAUCAAAUGAUAAUCAACUGUGAGAAAACGCCUACUUGUAGAGAAAAUACCUCUGUUAGACCACAUCAGAGACUUCAUACUAGGGAGAAUUCCUAUGAAUGUAAGGAAUGUGGGAAGGCCUUUAGUCGUGGCUACCAGCUCACUCAGCAUCAGAAAAUUCACACGGGUGAGAAACCCUAUGAAUGUAAGGACUGUAAAAAGGCCUUUCGUUGGGGUAAUCAGCUCACUCAGCAUCAGAAAAUCCACACUGGUGAGAAACCCUAUGAAUGUAAGGACUGUGGGAAGGCCUUUAGAUGGGGUUCGAGCCUCGUCAUUCAUAAGAGAAUCCAUACGGGAGAGAAACCCUAUGAAUGUAAGGACUGCGGGAAAGCCUUUAGACGUGGUGACGAACUCACUCAGCACCAGAGAUUUCACACUGGGGAGAAAGACUAUGAAUGCAAAGACUGCGGCAAGACCUUUAGCCGUGUGUAUAAACUAAUUCAGCACAAGAGAAUUCAUAGUGGUGAAAAACCCUAUGAAUGUAAGGACUGUGGGAAGGCCUUUAUCUGUGGCUCGAGCCUCGUUCAGCAUAAGAGAAUUCAUACUGGUGAGAAGCCCUACGAAUGUCAGGAAUGUGGGAAGGCCUUCACUCGAGUCAAUUACCUCACCCAGCAUCAGAAAAUCCACACUGGUGAGAAACCUCAUGAAUGUAAGGAGUGUGGGAAGGCCUUUCGCUGGGGUUCGAGCCUUGUUAAACAUGAGAGAAUUCAUACUGGUGAGAAGCCAUAUAAAUGCACAGAAUGUGGGAAGGCCUUUAAUUGUGGCUACCACCUCACCCAGCACGAGAGAAUCCACACGGGUGAGACGCCUUACAAGUGCAAGGAGUGUGGGAAGGCCUUCAUCUAUGGGUCAAGCCUCGUUAAACAUGAGAGGAUUCAUACAGGGGAAAAGCCCUAUGAGUGUAAAGAGUGUGGGAAAGCCUUUAGUCAUGGCCAUCAACUUACACAGCAUCAGAAAAUUCACACUGGUGAGAAGCCUUUUGAGUGUAAGGAAUGUGGGAAGGCAAGUAACCACGUGAACCAUCUUAGAGAACAUCCAAGUGUUCACGCUGCUGAUAAACCUUUUGAACAAAAAGAAAGGACAGAAGUUUCUAUACAGCAUUCCUUCCUUCCACAGCACAAGGAAAAUCCAUGAUACAGUUUAGCAUGGGAAAGCCUUCACUGGUCACUCUCCUGCUUGCUUAUAGCAUCUCAGAAUAGUCAUGCUCAAGGCAGAUUUGGAGAAUGGAGAAAUCACUUCUUCAUGAUCACAACACACUAAGUGUAGACUUGUUUUUUGUGGGGUUUUUUGUCUUGCUGAAUUGGUUUCAUGGGUGGAUAGAAGCCUCCCUCCACCAUUCAAGCUCUGUCUCAGAUUUGUUCUAGGGAAUAACUCUGCUAAUGUAACCCAUGUGGGAGAGCGUCCCGCCAUGGUACACACCCUCCCUGUUACCAUCACCAUCCCACCCCUUUACUCCUGUGACACACUGGAAAAAUGACCUUGUUACCCCUGUGCGUUGUGUGUGAGAUGGGGACAAUCACACCUGCCUAAUACUGCUGUUGUGGUGACUGAGUUUGGUACAUGUAAACUCUGACGGUGUAUCUGGAAUACUGUGUAUGCUCAAUAAAUAUUAGCUGUUGUUCUUACCAUCA